GUUGUUGCUAGGCUGAACACGCGCCUCCCGUCGUCCGCCGAACAAAGGAGCCAGCUUUCCGAUUCCACUCCACAGUUGUCCAACCAGCCAGCCUGCACCGCCACCGCUCCGCCGGCCAUGGCCUUGGCGACGCCGCUCCGCCACCUCAUCGCCGGCCAACCCGCAGCUCCGGAGUCCACCGGAGCGCCGGCGUCCCUCACUGCGCAACGCGCCUUCCUCCCCCACCACCGCGGCCGCCUGCACGCCAGGUUCACCGCGUCGCCGUCCGCUGGGACAACCAGGGUCGUGGCCACGGCGGCGGCGGGCGCGGCGGGGCGGCCGACGGUGCUGGUGACGGAGAAGCUGGGCGCCGCGGGGCUGGAGCUGCUGCGGUCGUUCGCGAACGUGGACUGCGCGUACGAGCUCACGGCCGAGGAGCUCCGCGCCAAGGUGUCGCUGGUGGACGCGCUGGUGGUGCGCAGCGCCACGCGGGUGUCGCGGGAGGUCUUCGAGGCGGCGCGCGGGCGGCUCCGCGUCGUCGGCCGCGCCGGCGUGGGCAUCGACAACGUCGACCUGCAGGCCGCCACCGAGGCCGGCUGCCUCGUCGUCAACGCCCCCACCGCUAACACCGUCGCCGCCGCCGAGCACGCCGUCGCGCUCCUCGCCGCCAUGGCGCGCAAUGUCGCCCAGGCCGACGCCUCGCUCAAGGCUGGAAAAUGGCAGCGUAGCAAAUAUGUCGGCGUUUCCUUGGUGGGGAAGACACUGGCUAUCAUGGGCUUUGGAAAGGUUGGCUCAGAAGUGGCUCGCCGUGCGAAAGGACUUGGAAUGGAUGUUAUUGCUCAUGACCCAUAUGCUCCUGUUGAUAGAGCCCGGGCGAUCGGUGUAGAUCUUGUAUCGUUUGAUGAGGCCAUCUCUACUGCAGACUUCAUAUCACUUCAUAUGCCUCUUACACCAUCAACAACAAAACUUUUCGAUGACGAGACUUUUGCAAAAAUGACAAAAGGAGUUAGGAUUAUUAAUGUUGCAAGGGGUGGAGUAGUUGAUGAAGAAGCUUUGCUAAGAGCACUUGAUAAUGGGACUGUUGCACAGGCAGCACUUGAUGUGUUCUUUGAAGAGCCACCACCAAAAGACAGCAAGUUAGUACACCAUGAAAAUGUCACUGUGACGCCGCACCUUGGAGCUAGCACUAUGGAAGCACAGGAAGGUGUAGCCAUUGAAAUUGCAGAGGCUGUUAUUGGCGCGUUGAAAGGUGAACUGGCUGCUACUGCUGUUAAUGCCCCAAUGGUCCUUGCCGAGGUUUUAUCCGAGUUAUCCCCAUAUAUUGUCCUUGCUGAGAAGCUGGGCCGGCUUGCUGUGCAACUUGUGGCUGGUGGAAGUGGGAUUAAGGGAGUCAAGGUUGUCUACUCAUCAGCUAGGGACCCAGAUGACUUGGACACAAGGAUUCUCCGAGCCAUGAUUACCAAAGGCAUCGUUGAACCCAUUUCAAGUGCAUUUGUUAACAUUGUCAAUGCUGACUACGUCGCCAAGCAAAGAGGGCUUCGCAUAAUCGAGGAGAGAAUUCUCCUUGAUGGUUCUCCUGAGGUGCCUAUAAACUCUAUCCAGGUCCAACUUGCCAAUGUAGAGUCCAAGUUUGCGGGCGCGCUAUCUGAUGAAGGUGAUAUCAGAGUGGAAGGGAAGGUUAAGGAUGGCACGCCGCAUCUCACGCUCGUUGGGCCUUUCAGUGUUGACGUUAGUCUUGAGGGUAACCUAAUACUGUGCCGCCAAGUCGACCAGCCGGGAAUCAUCGGCAAGGUGGGUUCCAUUCUGGGGAAGAUGAAUUUAAAUGUGAAUUUUAUGAGCGUUGGAAGGAUUGCUCCAGGAAAGCAGGCCAUAAUGGCCAUUGGGAUUGAUGAGGAGCCUGAGAAGGAGGCUCUCAAGUUGAUUGGAGAGACGCCAUCAGUACAGGAGUUUGUCUUCCUUAAGCUUUAGAGCAAGGAGGUAUUAUUUUUUUCUAUGUAACAUCUGCUAUAUUGGCAUGCUAGAUAUUUUGCAAGUUUGUCUAGUUUUUGUGUAGGGUAACAUUUUUUAGUCUAUCGAGACAAGCCACUCGUAGAUAUAUCAGUAAGCGCAAAGUGUGAGUA